AUGCAAUUCACGCUUGUCUCCGCUCUUGCGACAGCUUUACUCGCCGUCUUUGCGGUCGCUGAACCCUUCGGAAUCCACGUUGGUGCGAACGCUGAUGCUGAUGCUGAGGUGGCCGCAAAUAUCGGCGUGGGCGCCGAUGCUAGUGCCUAA